ACACAAAGACAAAGUUGAUGAUGGCAUCCAUGUUUAAUUUUGUAAAAGCUGACACUGAUGGACUGUUUUUAGAGGAAGGACUAGACAAGUUUCUGACCAAAGAGUCGGUCAUAAAUUUUUCCACCUCCAGCUCUGAGAGUGGUUGCUGCUCGCCAGACUAUACUCAUGAGUCUCCAGUCUACGGCCGGUUUCAAAGGCGCUUCUCUCUGGCUUUCAGCUCAGAUGGCUCUCCAGCGCAGGACACAAUGAGUAUGCCACAGUUUCCAUUGAAGAAUCUUGGAAAAAAUCUAGCUCUUGCGAAAGAAGUAUGGGACAAAAUGGAGAAGAAACUGGCCAAUCAAGUCGACACCAUCUUGCAGAAAGAGAGUCUGAUCUCCCAGCUGCAGCAUAGGGUGGAGUGUCUGCUGCAGGAUCGGGGAGAGUUAAAGAAUGAACAUAAAGUCCUGCAGCUCCAGCUGAAGAAUGAGAGAGUUCAAGAGGUUCUGAAGCAUUGCCAAGACUUGCAAAUCGACUACUCUCAAAAAGAGAAAAAGAUUGGUACUCUUGCUGCUCAGACAUCGGCAGAUCUGACUCUUACACUUGCUCAGCUUCAGGACACUAUUUCCCACCUUGAGAAAGAAAAGGCAAAUAUUGAGGCAUUGCUGGAUGAGGAGAAAGGCUCUUUUGAAAAGGAAACCACAAGACUUCAGAUGGUCGUGUCUGAUCUGGAGCAAUCCAUCAGCUGUAUCUGUUUGGAGAAAGAAGCACAGAUAGCUGCUCUGGAAAGUGGUGUUUCUCGGCUGCAACAGGUGGAAGUUCAGUUGACAGCUAAGAUCAAAAUCUCUGCAGACCUCUUCCAACAGAGAGGGGAGCUAGAGGGGAAGAUUGCCUUUUUCGACAAGAUAGUUAAAUGUGUGCAUACUGAGAUCCAGGGCUUGGAAAUUGAGCAGGCAUCUCAACAGGAUGCCCUGAAUGCACUCAUGCUUGACUUGCAGAGUUCCCAGACCACCCUUCAGAAAUAUGAGAAGCUGGAAGACCAUCAGAAAGUGGUAGUGAAUGAAUCCCUGAAAAAAGAGGCAUAUGCAAAGCGGCAGGAAAUUGAUGAGAAUCUGCAGGCCAUUGGAGACCUUCAGGGGCAAAUUAGUAUCCUCAGACAGGAGAAAAUGGAGGAAGAGGACAAAGUUAGUCAGGCAAUGACCAAAAUUGAGGAACUGUCGGAGGAAAUAUCCUUGAAGGACGGAGAAAUCAGAAAUCUGAGGAAUGAGAACGUCUUCCUAGACACUGAGCUGAAGCUUGUGAAGGAGCAAAGCAUUGAAAGAAAUGAAUUGAUCCAGUCCAAACGCAAAGAGCACGAGAGCACUGUUAAGAAACUUCAGCAAGAGCUUCACUCUGCUUCUAUGACUGCAUCAGAAAAACAGAAGGAAAAAAUUGAUCUGUUAGUUGAGGUAACAUCUCUUAAAGAGCAGAUCUGCCAUUACAAUAAAAAUGAACCGCUGAAACAAAAGGAGCUAUCUGUUUUAGAGGCAGAACACAACGUGCUGAAAGAAAACUUGGCUUCUCUUCAGAACCAGUUGGUUGAGGUCACCACUACAGCUUCACAGAAGGAAUCUGAGCUUAUCUCGCUUCAGCAGGAGCUUUGCCAUCAAGAAACCCUGAGAGAAAAGGCUCAGGAUCUUGAGAGAGCCAGGCAUGAAGAGUUUGAGAGAAAGGUGAGUGAGCUUCAGGCCAAAAUCCUAGAGUUUUCCACUAUUGCCUCUGGAAGGAAAGCUAAAAUAAGUUCUCUUCAAGAUGAGAUGAAAGAUCAAGAAUUGAGAUUCCAGAAAUGUAUUGCUGAUCUGGAGUUAAAGGUGGAGAAACAAAGUGACUCCAUCCUUGCUCUUAAAAAUGUUUCCCAAACAUGGGAGCGGCAAAGUAAUGAACUUCUGGAGAAGCUGAAGAAGGUGUCAGAAAAAUUAUGUCAAGAAAACAUUCGAAAACUGAAGCUGGUGGAGGCUCAGGAGAAGAACAAGUCUCUUGAGCAGUCCCUUGAGUUCAGCAAGAGAGAAGUCAAAGCUCUGGAGACAGAGCUGACAUUGGCUUGUGUGAAAUCAGACCAGGUGAAGACCGAGAAGAAGCUUUCAGCUAAAGUGAAAAGAUUGAAGACUGAGAUAAGACAUAGUGAAGUAAAGGAGUCAUUCACUUCAAAUUCUGCCCAAUCUCAUCACAAACUGGCUACCCACCACUCAAGGCCCAUCUCCAUGAACCUCUCCAAGGAAAAAGCUGCCACAACUUUACCUAAAACAGACAAACUUCAAGCCACCAGUAUGUACUGUAUUGGUGCGGAGAAUGAGCCCGAGCAUGAUGACCAUGACUGGAUGCGCAUUGCUGAACUCCAGUCGCGAAACAAAGCUUGUCUGCCUCACAUGAAGAGCAGUUACCCACUAGAGUCCACGCCCCAUCUGGGACGUCCCUCGUUAACAAUAACGGAUGAAGACCUUAGGAUGGGUGACCCAGAUGAGACUAUUCGACGUGCAUCCAAGAUUCCAGAUCAGCGCAUGGAAUCUUUGAACUCCCGAAAUUUCUCUUUGGCGCCUGGAGCAAGUUCAAGCCAGGGUCUUGCACAGUCCCAGCCCCAGCGCUCCAGCAUGUUACGUGGUCGGAUCCGAUCCAGCAUAAGAAAUACCUCAAAUGUGUGUGCAUCAGAAAAUGCAAACAGCCCAUUUGCUUCCAAACGCCCUCAAUCACAGCUGCAAGGCCCUGGCACACCUGAGGCGAAGAAGUUGGCAAGCUGCUUCUCUCGGUCAAUGACAUCUAAAGGCAGACACACCAACACUCAAAACAGACUUCCAAACUCUCCGUCUGAGCGAAGGACAUCUGUUAUGUUCACUGUUCUAAAUACUCCAAAGACCAGCACUCGUGGUGACCGAAGACUGCAGCGAGGUCUCAAAAAUCUGCAUAACGGCACCCGCAAAUCUCCAGUUCUGGACUCAACUCUGAGAAUGUCGCCCUGCAACAAGUCUCCUAAAUCUUCCUAUACCAUAAAGUAGACUUUCAGUUAAUGUUUGCAGUGAAAAAAACACCAAGGAUGCAUUCUGCCUUAAUGUGGGUUCAGAGGAUCAUCAGCAGCAGCAUCAUCAUCUUCAUCAUCAGCACCAGCAUGACCCCCAGCUUCCUCAGGAAGUUGAAAAUUGUUGUGUGACUGCAAUGUUGUGGAGAAGUGCUGUAACCACUACAACAGCACAGCUUUUGCAGGGGUUCAGCUUCAGGACUUGCUUAUGCAGCGAAAACAUUUCCACCUCUCCAUUAUAGAAUGUGUCCUUCCAUGGGCCUGAUUGAACCUUUCUCUGCAAUGGUGGUUGGAUGAUGCACAGGUGUCAAGAGGAUAUCUAAUGUCUCCCAACAGCCUGCUAUCACCAAAGCCACCCUCUUCAGCCACCUGGAAAAUUGUAGAAUUGGCCCACACAAAGAGUCAUGUGUGCUUCCAGGCCAUUUUGCCACUGUCAUUGAAGAUCCCCUGGUGAUCACACACUACUUGAACAUUAAUGGCUGGAUAGCCCUUCCUUCAAAUGUACAAGGGCUCACUCACCAUGGGACUUGCCACUGGGAGGCAAGUCCAGGGUGCCAUCGAUGACACCAAUCACUGUUGGGAUGUUGGUAAUACUAUGGAACUGUUGAUUAGCCAGCUGGAUUUUUUGAGGAGUUUUGGGGAAAGUCAGUGCGGUGUUCAUAAGCUGUAACAGCAAAGGUGUUACUGCUGUCUUGAUGACCGAAGACUUGCUGAGCCACAGGCAAUCACCUACCACCUCCAUAAAACCUCCCACAGCACAAUAAUGCAGUGUAGCUAAGAACUGCACUGCUGGACUUAAGGCAUAGUUUCUUCUUGUGGCCCUCUGAAGGUGUGGUUUCACAACCUGCAGCAAUUCAAGGAUCUUGGUCCUUGGAACCUGGAAUUUUCUUAUGUCGUCAUCAGAUAGAGGGGUGGGGUGAAGUGGGGUAAUAUUUGUCCUUAUGUAGGCAUUUAUAUACCCUGCCUGACUUCUGCGUCACCUUCUGUGCUUAAGCUGUGAUUCUUUGUAAAGCUGCCAUUGUUGAGCAUUUGAUACACACAUAUAUACUGUAUUUAUUAGGAGAAUCAUUAAUACACCUGCUACGGAUGCACCUGAGGAAUGGAUAGAAACACCUUGGUGGCUAAUAAUCAUCUAAAUUAACUAUUAUUAAAUAAUUGUAUUCAUCUGUCAAUGGGUUUUGGUUUUAAAAUAGGCUGUUUUCAUGCUGUGGCUUGGGAAAAAUGAAAAGGCCUCUCUUGAGAAUUGUCUGAGGAUUUAAAUAAAGGAUGUGUUUUGUGUUCAUGUUCGGCUUAUA